CCUUAAAAAAUAAAACAUAAAUUGGAGUUUCUUCAUCAAAUCGUAAGUCGUAAUAAUUGAUUAUUUUGAGUUUCACAACACAGAAACAAUCAUAGUAAGAAGAAAGUCGAAGUGGAAUAUACUAUAUAAUUAUAGGCAUCUUUUAACUCACAUAUUAAUUCGAUCCCAGCCAAACUAACCUCUCUUGAGUUCAACGAAAUGAAACAAGAGAGCAUAAGGCACAGGCACAACAUGAUUAUUCUAGUAGCAACCUUAGCAUGGUUGUUACUCAACUCAAACAUCGUUUUGUGUUCUGCUCAUGCUAAUGGAUUUGGUGAACAACCACUCUCCAAAAUCGCCAUUCACAAAACCAUUGUGUCACUUCACAGUAAUGCUUCACUUACAGCCACUCCUUCUAUCCUCGGCGUUAAGGGUGAGGAUACUCAAUGGAUGACCGUUCAUAUUGAUUUUCCUGAUCCGUCUGUUGAUGAUUGGGUUGGAGUUUUCUCUCCUGCAAAUUUCAAUUCAUCAUCCUGUCCACCUGUAAAUGAUCCAAAAGAACAGAUUCCGUUCAUAUGCUCGGCCCCAAUAAAGUACAAGUUCUCAAAUUACUCAAACUCACGCUAUACCAAGACAGGAAAAGCCUCUUUGAGAUUUCAGUUGAUCAAUCAACGUGCAGAUUUCUCCUUUGCGCUAUUUUCAGGCGGAACAUCGAAUCCUAAACUUGUGGCGGUUUCCAAUUUCAUAUCAUUUGCCAAUCCUAAAGCGCCUUUAUAUCCUCGCCUUGCUCAAGGGAAAUCUUGGGAUGAAAUGACAGUUACAUGGACAAGUGGAUAUGACAUUAAGGAAGCUACACCGUUUGUUGAAUGGGGUCCUCAGGGAAAAACGCCUGUGCAAAGUCCUGCUGGAACAUUGACAUUUGGUCGCAACAGCAUGUGUGGUUCACCUGCACGAACUGUUGGUUGGCGUGACCCUGGUUUCAUACACACAAGUUUUCUCAAAAAUCUGUGGCCAAAUUUAGUGUAUGCAUACCGAUUAGGUCAUCUUUUGCCUGAUGGUUCGUACAUUUGGAGCAAGAAAUAUUCAUUUAAGUCAUCGCCUUAUCCUGGACAGGACUCACUGCAACGUGUUGUCAUAUUUGGUGACAUGGGGAAGGCCGAGCGUGAUGGUUCAAAUGAGUAUAGCAACUACCAACCUGGGUCACUUAACACCACUGACCGGCUUAUCGAGGAUUUAAAAAAUAUAGACGUUGUUUUCCACAUAGGAGAUAUAACAUAUGCAAACGGAUACAUCUCACAGUGGGACCAAUUCACAGCUCAAGUGGAACCAAUUGCAUCAACAGUACCAUAUAUGAUUGCCAGUGGUAAUCAUGAACGUGAUUGGCCCAACUCAGGAUCCUUUUAUGACGUUACAGAUUCAGGCGGCGAGUGUGGAGUUUUGGCUGAGACCAUGUUUUAUGUUCCAGCUGAAAACAGAGCAAAGUUUUGGUAUGCAACGGAUUAUGGCAUGUUUCGCUUCUGCAUAGCUGACACUGAACAUGAUUGGCGAGAAGGAUCUGAACAGUACAAAUUCAUCGAGCAUUGUCUUGCAACAGUGGACAGACAAAAACAACCCUGGUUGAUCUUUGCUGCGCAUCGUGUGCUUGGAUAUUCCUCUGACUUUUGGUAUGGAAUGGAAGGGUCAUUUGCAGAGCCAAUGGGAAGGGAAAGUUUGCAGAGACUUUGGCAGAAAUACAAAGUAGAUAUUGCAUUUUAUGGCCAUGUCCAUAACUACGAAAGGACAUGCCCCGUUUAUCAGAAUCAAUGUGUGAAUAAAGAAAAGUCACAUUAUUCCGGCAUUGUGAAUGGAACAAUUCAUGUUGUUGUUGGAGGAGCAGGAAGCCACUUGUCCAAUUUCAGCCAAGUAACUCCAAGUUGGAGUCUUUACAGAGACUAUGACUUCGGAUUUGUCAAGUUGACAGCAUUCAAUCAUUCAUCCCUCCUCUUUGAAUACAAGAAAAGUAGCGAUGGAAAUGUUUAUGACUCUUUUACCGUUUCAAGGGAUUACAAAGAUGUCUUGGCAUGUGUACAUGACAGUUGUGAAGCCACUACUUUAGCAUCUUGAACUGAUGCAUAGGUCUUUAUACACUCUAAAUUAUAGUACUACUAUAUAGAGUUCUCAAUUUCUCAUUCUUUGACAAAUAAAGAGGAUGUCUACCCGACAGAAACAACGCCUCUAUUGUUAUACUCAUAAAAGUUUAUACAGUUUUCCUUUUUCUCUCGGUUUAUUUUCAAAAAUUAUAGCCAAUAAAUAACAUUUUAUUAUAGAUGAAACA